GGAUGGAUCAGAGGUUCACUCGGAGUCGCGCUGCAGCCUGUGCGGUGAUUCUGUGCGGUGUGUCUCUGUGCGGUGAUUCUGUGCGGUGUGUCUCAGUGCGGUGAUUCUGUGCGGUGUCUCUGUGCGGUGUGUCUCAGUGCGGUGAUUCUGUGCGGUGUCUCUGUGCGGUGUGUCUCAGUGCGGUGAUUCUGUGCGGUGUCUCUGUGCGGUGAUUCUGUGCGGUGAGUCACAGUGCGGUGAUUCUGUGCGGUGUCUCUGUGCGGUGAUUCUGUGCGGUGUGUCUCAGUGCGGUGAUUCUGUGCGGUGUGUCUCAGUGCGGUGAUUCUGUGCGGUGUGUCUCAGUGCGGUGAUUCUGUGCGGUGUCUCUGUGCGGUGUGUCUCAGUGCGGUGAUUCUGUGCGGUGUCUCUGUGCGGUGAUUCUGUGCGGUGAGUCACAGUGCGGUGAUUCUGUGCGGUGUCUCCGCGCGCGCCGGAGGAGCAGGAUGUCUCUGUGCGGAGCUGCACUGAUGCUGUGUGCGUGUUUUCCGCUCUUCGCCUCAUCCAUACAGCUGCAGCCUGACAUGCCGAAUGUGUGUGAGGAGCAGGAGGUACAGAUGAUGGGAGUCCCGCAGCCGUGUGUUCAGGCCUUCACACGCAUGGUGAAGGUGUGGAGACAGGGCUGUUCUCCCCAACGUUGGUGCAUGGGCUAUGAGAGGAGGACAGCCUACUUUACAGCCUACAGGCAGGUGUACAGCAUGGAGCUGCAGACUGUUUACAAAUGUUGUCCAGGAUGGACACAGAGAGGAGACGAGAGAGGAUGUUUACACAGAUUGUGUUCUGCGGAUACCUGCUUUAACGGAGGCAGGUGUGCACACACAGGGGAUCACGUGUGUGAGUGUCCAGCUGGCUUCCAGGGAACACGCUGUCAGUACGAUGUGAACGAGUGUGAGAACUCAAACGGAGGAUGUGAGGGAACAUGCUGCAACACCAUUGGCAGUUUCUACUGUAAAUGCCCCGAGGGCAGCACUCUCGGACUGGAUGGCAAAACCUGCCAGGAUGUAGAUGAGUGUGAGGAAAUGAACGGUGGCUGUCAGCAGAACUGUGUCAAUACGCUCGGCUCGUACUACUGCGAGUGCGGCGAGGGUUUCCGCAUUCACACAGAUGCUCGCACAUGCAUAGCUGUGAACUCUUGUGCGGUAAAGAAUGGAGGUUGUGAGCACAGGUGUCUGGACCUUGGAGAUGAACACUACAAGUGUGAAUGUCGUCCUCAGUACCGGCUCAAGAGUGAUGGCAAACAUUGCGAGUUGAAGGACCCAUGUUUGGAAGGUAAUGGUGGAUGUACUCAGUUGUGCAGCAAUGAUAACGGAAUCCCAGAAUGCAGCUGCAGACCGGGAUACGCACUCGCUACAGAUCGCAGGAGAUGCGACGAUGUGGAUGAGUGUGUGUCCGGCCGGAACGGGUGUGCUCACGGCUGCGUGAACACUCCGGGCUCCUUCAGGUGUGUGUGUAACCCUGGAUUUGAGCUUGGUGUGGAUGGGAAGCAGUGCUAUCGUAUUGAGAUGGAGAUAGUGAACGGCUGUGAGAAGGAUAAUGGAGGCUGCGCACACCAGUGUGAACACACCAACUUCGGCCCCGUCUGCACCUGUAACCGCGGCUAUGAGCUCGCUGAUGACCUCAGGAUGUGUAUAGACACUGAUGAGUGUGAAACUGAAGAGUCAUGCUGUCACCACAUCUGUAAGAACUACCCAGGAGGGUACGAGUGUAGCUGCAAGCCCGGAUACACACUCAGCUUAGACGGCUGCUCGUGUGAUGACGUUAACGAGUGUUCACUCGAGACAUCAGGCUGUAAUCACUACUGCAUCAAUAUGCCGGGAUCCUACGAGUGUUUCUGCAGGGAAGGCUUCCGUCUGGACCACAACCAACACACCUGCAUUCCUCUAUAUGAGAGUGAUCUUGAACCUGAGGAAGAGGAUGAGUUCGAGGGUGAAGAAGAAGAGCUAGAAGUGCUUCGUCUUCCUGACCUGUUGUUCCGGCGACCUCCUCAGCUCCUGCAAUACACCGCCGCACUACACUCACCUUAUGACACCGAAGACACACACACGUCCUAUUCAGGACACACACGCAGCCGAGAGCAAAGAGGAGAACUCACUGUGAUUAGCAAGAUCAUGUGUGUGGCAGGCUCAUUUGGUGAAGACUGCAGUCUCAGCUGUGAGGACUGCGCUAACGGAGGUGUGUGUGGCGAGGAGAGGGAUCGCUGUGUUUGUACACCUGGCUGGACCGGCGUCACCUGCAACCAGACGUGUAUGGAGGGGAUGUAUGGUGUGGGCUGUAACAGUGUGUGCGCAUGUCAGAAUGGUGGACGCUGUGAUCCAGUAAGCGGGAAGUGUCUCUGCCCUCCUGGAGUCCAAGGCCUGCACUGUGAAGAUGGAUGUCCUCAGGGCUUUUUCGGGACGUUCUGUCGCAGAAGAUGUAACUGCCCCAAUAAUGGACGCUGUCACCGUGUGUAUGGAGGCUGUUUCUGUGCAGCUGGACUAUAUGGGAAAUUUUGCCAUCUGUCCUGUCCCAGGUGGACGUACGGCAGUGGAUGUUCGCACGACUGUGACUGUGUUCAGGAGAAUUCGCUCGGAUGUGACGCCAAAAACGGGACGUGUACCUGCAAACCUGGAUACCAUGGCAACCGCUGCCAGGCAGAAUGUGAUGCUGGUUUUUACGGCACUGAUUGCCGUGAGCGCUGCGACUGUCCUGACGGCGCAUCAUGUGACCCAAAAAUGGGAAAAUGCCAAGAAAAAUGUCCUCCUGGAUUUCAUGGAGAGGAAUGCCAACUGGCAUGCCCUGCAGGACUGCACGGCCCAGGGUGUGUGUUGCGCUGUACGUGCCCUUCCAACACCAGCUGUGAUCCUGUGACGGGAGAAUGUGUGUGUCCACCAGGAUACACAGGGCACAACUGCUCUUCAGUGUGUGCUGAUGGAUUUUGGGGUGCCGCCUGUGCCAGCGUAUGCCAGUGCACUAACAGCGCAGUAUCCUGUGAGGCCAGCAGUGGGCGCUGCCUCUGCAAUCCUGGAUACACGGGCGAGCAGUGUGAACAGCGGUGUCCCGAGCACCGGUACGGACCGCAGUGUGAGAGAGUUUGUGAGUGUGUGAACGGAGUGUGUGAUCAUGUUAAUGGAGCCUGCAACUGCACACCAGGCUGGACUGGAACACACUGUGAAAAGGUGUGUAUGCAGGGCCGGUAUGGACCGAACUGUUCCCGUGUGUGUGUGUGUUCUGGAUAUCAGCUCUGUCACCCUGUCACAGGCAGAUGCACCUGCUCACCUGGUUACUACGGCAACCACUGUCAACUCAAAUGCCGAGAAGGCACAUACGGUCCCGAUUGUAAAAAGAGAUGCCGGUGUGUCAACGGGGGACGGUGUGACUUCAAGACUGGAACGUGCCUCUGCCCUCCAGGUUAUUUGGGAGCCAACUGCAGCACCAGUUGUCCAGCAGGGAGCUAUGGUAAAGACUGUGCUAAAGUGUGUGUGUGUGGUGAGGGAGGACAGUGCCACCCGGUGACUGGGAGGUGUAACUGCACGUCGGGGAGAACAGGCCUUUCCUGCCAAGAAGUGUGUCCCAGGGGGCGCUAUGGAGCUCAGUGUCGUGGUGUGUGUGCGUGUGUAAACGGAGGUGUGUGUGACCCUGUUGACGGAACCUGCAGAUGUGGACUAGGCAGCACCGGCGCGCGCUGUGAGGAAGUGUGUCUCCCAGGUUGGUACGGAGCUAACUGCGAACAGGAGUGUGUGUGUCAGAAUAAUGGCACGUGUGACCGCAUUACAGGCUCCUGCUCCUGUGCACACGGAUACUACGGCCCCGCCUGCCAACACCAAUGCCCUGCAGGAUUUUUCGGCGAGCUCUGCUCAUAUCAGUGCAACUGCACUCACACUCAAACAUGUGAUCACGUGACGGGAGAGUGUGUGUGUCCUCCAGGCUACACCGGAGAACGCUGUGAGAACCGUUGUGCAUCGGGCAGUUUUGGUGUGGGUUGUGUACAGCAGUGUAAGUGUGUAGAUGGUGUCGCUUGUGAUCCAGUCACAGGCCGGUGCUUUUGUCCCCCAGGGAGGACAGGGGAGUACUGUGAUAAAGUGUGUGUGAGCGGGUCGUUUGGUCCUCAGUGUUCUCUACCGUGUCACUGUGCUCAUGGAGGGCAGUGUGACCAGCGAAACGGACGCUGUGUGUGUUCAUUCCCCUGGCUUGGACCAACUUGUCAGGAUGAGUUUAGCUUGGCUGUCUCUCUCCCACCAAAAAGACGGAGAGGCCUGUAACACAACGCUCUUCUCCAGCUGCCGGAAACACACACACACACACACACACACACACACACACACACUCUCUCUACGAGCUUUUUAUGUGUGACAAGUUCUUUUGAAAUUUUUUUGUGUUCAACCACACACACACACACACACACCCCGACGCACAUAUACAUACUCAGUGCACAUUAAUGGUCACUUUCGACUUUCUGUACGUGUGUGUGUGUGUGUCUUCUGUGGUGUAUGUCUCUGCAAACACUCAGUUCAUCAGUUGUGUGUAUGAAUGUGAAAUUGAGUCUGAUUUAGCCAUACACUAAGUUCUGACCAAGAAUAUAAUGUAUGUGCAUUUUAUAUGUGCACAUGUGUGUGGAAGUGUGUGUGCAUAAAUUCUUAGGGAUCCCAACGCGCAACAGCCAGUAAAGCCACAAGAUCUAUGCAAUUUUACAUUUUACAAACCACACAAAUGCAACCUCAGCCUUUCAUUUCACUACAUCCAAACACAAUAUAACGUGAAACAUUCCUCUAAAGUAACCUACAGAUGCAAUAUAAAACACUCACAGUGUCACAACAAGGUGCUGUACAGGUACAUUUCGGUUCCCUUAGGUACAAACAGUGUAAAUACCCGUUUAAAGGCACACCACUGGUUCUGUUACAUUGUUCCUCUAACUAAAGGCACAAAAGACGUAUCCUUGAAAGUACCACCACAGUGACAAACGUUUAUCCCGUAAAAUCCUUCUAGAACGUAUUAACAAAGUUGUAAAUUAUACUAAAGUAAUGAUUCUAAAUUAAGCAGGACUGUAUACUGUCGAGCUCAAGCCUGAGUGCACUUCCCAGAAAUUGAUUUUAUCCAUGUUUAAUUAGUUAUCAGAAUAAAUGCACAUUUGGCCAGUUUUAUAUCUCAAACAAUAAAGCAAAUGAAGUGCUAGCAGACUUUCCUGAUAAACAUUUUCAGAUAAACAAGUAAAAACAAUUCUUUGUUGUGGAAGAGUGUGUGGGAGAGCGAUUAUUGUUUUUCUUAUCAUGUACAGCAAAAAGUAUUUUGUUCUUUUUAGUAAAUGUGUGUGUGUGUGUGCUUGUGUGUGUGAGUGAAGAUAAAUUAGCAGUAUUGUGUAUCAGAAAUGUGUAUUUUUGUUGAAAAUGAUGAUUGGGGCAGUGUCCAGUUGAGCAGCAGUGAAUGAGUUUCAGGCUCCUUAUGUAUUUCCUGUGAUGUGAUUCCAGUGACAAGCGCGACUGAUAUCCAGUUACUCCACACGUUGUCUGAGUGACUGUGUGUAUAUUGUUAAAAGUGAGCUGUCCGGUUCAGUCUGAUAGCUGUAUACGAAGCCUCCGAAGAUCAGUGAUCCACCAGCGCUUACACGCCAAACAGCUCUAAUCCGUAAGCCUACAAAUGGCCUAUCCUCGUACCGUACUUUCAACAAAAGAGUGUAAAAAAUGAGAUGUGAAAGACGGACGUACUUUGUCUCCUCUAAUACUUGUGUUUACUUUUAUUUAUCUCAGGCAGUCAUGAAAUGCAAAUACUGUCUCGUUGAUCAAACCUCUCAGUGAAUAAAAUGGUGCUACAAUGAAGAAUCGUUAUGAGGUUUGAAUUAAAUACUGUUUUUUCCUCCCUAUAAGACAGUGUGUGUCCGUUCUUGAGCUGAUUUAUUCAUAGUAAAAGUCCUUUUCCUACAAGUCUUGAUAUGCAGUGCAGUCUAUGAGGAAUUCGACU